GUGGUCAUGAACUGGGACUGGAGUCAUGACCUAGGGCUGGGGUCAAAGUCUGGGAUUGGGGGUCAUGAAUUUAUAUUGCGGUCAUAGACUGGGGUCAUGGACUAGGAUCAUUAACUGGGACAGCAGUCAAAAACUGGGACGGGGAUCAUGACCUGGUGAUGGGGAUCAUGGACUGAGAUCAUGAGGAGUUGUUGUGCCAAAGAAACUACAUACCACAGUGUGGCCUUGUAGAAUUCAUGGUAUUACUGGUAAAAAGAUCAAAAAUAAUGUAGCAACAGUCGUUAGCAAUUGUUUGUUCCUUGAGUGAACUCAUAUCACCCAGGUACUGUGAACAGGCACAUGCAAAAAAAAUCAGUAAAGCAAAAAUAUUGAAAAGUUUCUAGAUGUCAAAAAAUAAGUAUAAAGAGCAAUUAGCGGGUAAGAAAACUAAAUCAAAUCAGUAUUUGUUGUGACCAUCCUUUACCUUUAAAACUGCUUUAGUUCUCUCAGGUACACUGUUGUGUAGUUUUAUAAGAAGAUUGGCUGGUAAGUUGUUCCAAACAUCUUGGAGAACUUGCCACAGUUCUUCUGCAGACGUUGUUUGUCUCGCUAGGAAACCUCAGACAACUUCAUUGAGGGCUCUGUGGAGGCCAAACCAUCUGAAACCAGAUAAGACUAAGACUUUUGCACUGUACUGUACUGGUAUCAAGAAAUGACUGCCUGUGGGACUGGGGAGGGAUUCGGAACAGUGACCUGGUGGGGGUUCAGCCCAGCAAUGGAUUUUCAAAAAAAAGGCUUAUCUGUGUCAAUGAAAGCACUGUACUCAGAUGAAGAUAAUGUCCCUGAACUGCAUAUUCUCAUGGUUGGUGCUGGUGACAGCCGGCAUCUCUUAACAACUAUCUGCCAGGCUCACCGUUGGCCACGGAGAAAGCUUCAUUUCUACAUAGUGGAGAAUAACUUGGAGUUGAUAGGUCGACACCUCCUUUUUCUCACAGUUGCUCUGGAGCCCCCAAGCUCCAUGGGUUUACAAGAAAAGACUGAACUCUUGCUUGAAUUGUUUGGUAAUAGUCUGAUACGGAGCCAAACCGCAAAUUAUCUGCAGGAGAAUGCUAACAAUUUCAUCCACUACAUCACAGACCUUGAUUACCUUCAUAAGAAACUGCCGAUGGUUGACAUGGGGAGCCUAAAGUUUAAAGAGAGGGACCAGUUAGAAGCUAUUUUUAAAUUCUGGAGGAAUCCGGACCCAAAAGUGUUUCAGAUCAAUAAGUUGUGGGAUUUACGAAACAGGCAAUACCUGGGCAAUCGAUAUGAUUCUAAGCAAGGAGCCUAUGACUGGGACUUGCAUAUGAAGCUGUACGAUAGAGGAGCUCAUGUAGUAAACAACCGGCAAUAUUACCAAUGGAGGGAUAAAGGUUUGGCAUUUGAGAUCCGUGAGGGGUUAUAUGAUGUUCCUAACAAAUCGCUGGCUUCAGGGCUGCUCAUGAAUUAUAAGGGAGAGAAGAUUCCUGCCCGUGGUUACUGGGGAGAUAUCGUCACUAGUCCAUACAUUGCAUUUGGAAUUAUCAGCGAAGAAGAAUCUCUUCUAAAGAAAGCAAAUGGCAUCCAUGUUAAGACAGCACAAGAUAUCUCUGAGUAUAACGUAACAGCCUUGCUCCAUGAGCUGGUUACUGGAGAGAGAUAUGUACUGAGGCCAUCAGUGGAAGAGGCCACCUUGAGUGAGAUUACAGAAGAAUAUGAAGAAGAGAUUCUGAAAGAGGCUUCUCAUAUAAAGAACAAACCAACUGACAAAAGUGAACAGCCAGAGAUUGUGCUUGAGAAGCAAGCAGUGAAACAUUGCCAUGGGAUGGGCAACAUGGGGCCUGAUGGAAACCACAGUACAGCUGAAUGUGAUACAGUUCACAGAGAAAAAGGGGAAGAUUACCUCUCACUGCCUGAUGUAAAAAUUCAUUUCCUACCAUUAAACUGUGUGACAGAGCUUCAUAACAGGAGCAAUUACAGAAACCUAUUUAAUGUGAUCUACUUCUCCUGCAGUAUGGUUCACCAGAUAACUCCAGAGUUGAAGCAGAUUGCUGCACCUCAUGCAACGCUAAUUGUGGAAUUAACAAAGUUUAUGUUAGAUCUGCGGAAUGAAACAAUAACCAAGUUUGCCAGCCGAGCAGCUGAAUUAGCGAAGGAGGCUGGUUUUGUGCCUUUUGGGAGCAUGGAUGGUGAGAAAGACUCGUUCGCACGAUUUGAACUAAAAGAUGGCUCAUAACUCUGACUCUCUAGUGUGAGAUAGCCAAGAAAUACAGAAAAUGAAAGAAAAGGCAUCAACCCCACCCGUCACUGGCACAAAAAUGAAAAGAAACAACUCGCAGACCCCAAAAUCCCCCCCUCACCCGCAGUAAACAGCCACAAUAACAAUAAACGACCCCCUACAUAUAAUAAUCCCCGGCCCCUCACUCGCAGAAAAGAACAGUAACAGUAGAAUCACACACCCAACUCUACCACUUACACACAAAAAAUUAACAGAUCACCCACCUGCCAAUUGUCCACAAGAAAGAAAACACUGGAAAAACUGAAGGAAACCAAUAUAAAGUAAUCACAUAAAUCUCAGAAUAUGGGGAACGUAUUUUCGUCUGCACUCAGUUCUUUCAUAAAGAGUGACCACCAGCCUGGUUCCAAACGCUGCCAAUCCGGGUCGAACGCGCCAAUCCGAUUGCUGACCAUCUGUGUUGGAGCCAUCACUGACCCCUCUGCAUUCACCCAAUGCUUCAGUCUUUCUCACCGCUUCGAAAUGGAGUCGUUCAUGACCCCACACCUUGUCUCUGGUCUUAGUUAGCUUGUGUUCUCAGACCUUUUCAGCCCCCCACCUGACUCUGAUAUCCACGAGACACAGCCGAGCGCUGGAUCCUUUGAUCGAGUACCAAACUGUACAUCACAGGCUCCAGCAGUUUCCGUAAGACAAACAAGACAGAAAGAACAAGCAGAAUGUGUAGAAAAAAUGUAAUCACUGGAAAGAUUUGCUAUCUGAAGAUGUACCUGAGGAGGAGUCAUUCACUGGCUCCAUCUUGAUCGGAACAUUCCAACUAACAGAUUAAUUGAAUAGACCUAAGAUAUCAAGCAUCUUUGGUGACCAGUAUUAGUUAUCCAGAUGCUUUGAGAAAUGCAUGGUUAAAGGGCUGGGAACACAGCUGAAUGGGUUAUUAUUCCAAUUGUGUGAUGCUAUGAUAGAAACUAUUAUCCAUAACUAUUUAGUUAUAUAUUUAAUAUGGAGCACUGAAUAAAAUGGAUGAA